AUGGAGGCUCGUCGGGGCUCCUCGCUGGCGCUGCUGACCGACCUCUACCAGUUCACCAUGGCCUACGGUUACUGGCGGGCCGGCAGACACCGCCAGCCGGCCGCCUUCGAGCUCUUCUUCCGCCGCUGCCCUUUCCAGGGCGCCUUCGCUCUGGGCGCCGGCCUGGGCGACUGCCUGGCCUUCCUCCGCUCCUUUCGCUUCAGCCGGGCAGGCUUUCCAUGCAUGGAUCUCAUGGCCCUGGAGGAGGAGUCAGCUCCUGAGGCUGGCCAGGAGGUGGAGUAUUGGUCUCUGGGAGGAACCGAGAAAGCCGGGAAGGUGAUUCCGUCUGCAGUGGAAAUCCUUCACCUCGUCUACUUUAAAGAUGGGCAGGUUUGCCGGUCCCUGCCUACGUUGUUGGACAUCAAGGCUCACGCUCAGACGUCCUUGGAUAAGCUCAAUCCUGUCCACAAGAGGCUGCAGGAUCCGGAGGCCUACCAGGUGGCCGUGACAAGAAAGCUCUACCUUCUCCUUCUCGACUUGCAGAAGGACUCCUGAGCACCACUCCGGCGUCGCAAAGUGAAACCAUCCAAAGUGGCUGCUGUGGGGAUCCGGACUGAACAAGACCCCAAAUUGUUGUGUGUGUGUGGGGGGGAGUUGGGGGCUCCUGUGCCAACCCCCGAAGAGUUUACCUCCGAAAUGUGUCCAUGCCCACGUCUCUCCAACUCCAUUACCCCGAACGACACGCACCUGUACACAAGUCUCUUGUGUCACCUUUUCCCAAGGAGCUGGCUGGGGAUGAUUGUUGUGUUGGCCAAGUGACCGGGAGGGCUGUUCUCUUCCGGAAGCCCGCCACGGUCUAUUGGGUUGAUAGAAGAACCCAACCAAAUUUUCGGCGUUCCAGCGCAGGGGCCGUGGCCAGACCAGAUGCGAAUCACUGGUAGGAUGCAGGAAGAGGGAUGCUGGUAACCAUGGUGAUAUGAGGACCCAAGUGAGCUGCCACUCCCCACAGCCCGCCCACCCAAAUCCGAUGCAUUUGAUGGCCAUUUCGAAUCAGAGUCUCUCCCCCCGCAGGCUUGGAGCAGUGGGGUCUCAGAAAGCGGCCGCUUUAAGACGCGUGGGGCUUCCAACUCCCCGAAUUCCCCAGCCAGAGAGAAUUCUGGGAGUUUUGAAGUCCACAGGUCUUAAAGAGGCCACGUUUGGGAGAGGAUUUGUUGGCUGUAAAAUUGGGUGAGAGUUUCCCCCUACCCCACCCCCGUGUCCCUUUCACCUUUCCCUCCCUCCCUCCCCAAAACAAAAGCCUUUGGCAAUGCUGCACCUCGAUGUGCCUUUUCUUGCUUUGAGAAUUGUCUGUCUUGGUUUUUUUUCUUUUCCCACCAUGAACGUGAUCUGUGUGGAAUCUGGUUUCUCCUUCUCUCUUUGUAUUCACACGCUGCUGGCUUGCUGGCCUCGUGCACACCAGCCCACAAACCCGUGUAUGGUUUGCUUGCUCCAGAUGUUCAGGCUGGACACAGUGGGGGGCUCACCCUU